AUGAAAAAGAUUUCAAAGAGAAAAGAAGAUAUUUUUAGAAAAAUGUCAGAAGACACAGAUAACAUUGCAGUAGAAGAAAAUGUAGACAAGCAUCUCCAGAAAGAUUUAAAUGUGGAAGAAAAUCAAGACAUAAUAGAAACUCUGAGAGGCAAAGUAAGAGAAAAGCUAAAAAAUGCCAAGAUUAAUCAAGGCAAAAAAUCUUCAACUCAGCUUCUCAUUGAUAAUAAGAUAUAUCAGUGGUCUAAGGUGAAUAAGCAGACUGAAGUCUCACUGGAUGAAGGUCUUUCGUGUUUUAUUCUGAGUGGUGAAGAAGACUCAACUUUAGGCCAGUCUGCAGAGCAGAGAUCAGUAAAUGAUAGUUACCACAAACACUUUUCACUUGGUGAUAAUUUUCAAAACUUUGCUGAGGGCCGAGAUGAAGAUUUUAUGGAAGAAGUCGUUUUCCUAGAUUUACUUGAAGUAAAGGCUGCCGAUUAUGAAGAUGAUCAAGAACAAGUAAAAAAACAACAGGCAAAUAUUUUUGUUCCAAGCAAUUCUCCGGUGAUCAACCAACUUAAACUGCCAAAAGAUAUGAUGCCACGCAUUUUAGAAGAAGAAGGAUUCUAUGUUCACAAAAAGCCAGAAAUAUAUAAAAAGACCUGCAACAAAAUGGAAAAUCGCCUGCUUAAACUAGAAGAGGGGAAGUGUUGGUUUGAAGAAAGUGGAGAAAUAAUGUCCUUACCUUCACCUGUUAGACGGUCAUGGAAUUUCAGACUAAACAUAAGUAAGGAACCUUUAAAUCCAGCACUGAAGACCAUAUACAGAAAGGCAGUGAAAUCUGAUCUAGAAAGCUCUAUUAGGAACAAAAUGGAAGGUCAAAGGGAAAGGUACCAAUUAGAUCUCAACAUUGUGGGUUUGCAAUUCAGUCAUCAUCCUCUCUUCAAUCAAGAGCAAGUGUUAUGUGCUAGGCUGCUCCAACUUUAUGAGUGUUUUCAGGACAGGCAGCAACAGAAUUUACCUCAGCUGCUUUAUGAGAAGCUUAAAGCACUGAAGGAUGCUACCAAAUUAGCAAACGAAAAUUUGGAAACAAGCCAGCUGACCAGAAAAUCUUUACAGGAUUAUUAUUGGCAGAUAAGGAAUACAAAACAGCUCUAUGACUUAGAAAAGGAAAAGGACUUCUCCCUACUACAGAGUAUAUUAUGGACUUGGAAACAGAUGAAAUCCCUUCGACAACGCCAAGGGUUUACAAGCACCUCGAUAAAGUUGCAGUUUCAGAGGAUGAAAAUGAAUAAAUAUGAUGAACAAAAACAAGAAUUGUCAAAAAUAUAUGAGAUUCAGAAGAAAACUGAAGGAAAAGCAUUUAAGAAUGGGGAGAAACAGGAGAACUUCUCAUAUUUAGCUUCAGAAUUUGAAGAAAUAGAUAUUGAAAGAAUAAAUCCAAUUACCUUGAUGCCACAAAUUUCUUUCACAGCAGAAUUAACAAACUUAUCUAGAUGUUCACUGCAUGAACAAAAGAGGAGAGCCAAAAUUCAGAAGCUUAAAUAUUUUAUUAAAAUAUUAUACAACAAUAAACAAGUUUCUUGCACUUCAGUAUCUCCCCUACAGUUUGAUUUUAAAGUCAUGUUUCAACAAAUUUUCAAUAUUCAGUUAAUAUAUUGGCCUGAAACAAUUUGCUUGGAGGUUUAUGAAAUAAGUAAAAGGACAAGCUUAUUGGCAAAACUACAUUUACCCUUACCUAAAAACACAGAGCUAAAAAGCAAAACUGUUUUGGAAUAUGUAGAAUUUAGCUCUGAUCAGCUGGUCAUACCUGCAUAUGGAGAAGUAGGAAGCAAUGUGCCCUUUCUUCUUGAGGGAAACGGAACUGAAGAACUUUGUCUUUUGACUUCAGGAAAACUAAGCUAUUCUCUCUCAUGGGCCUUAGAUGAAAAUGGUGUUCCUCUGACACCUAUGUCACAGUCAUUAAGAUCUGCUUACUGCAGUGUGUUUAGGGAUGUAGAUGCAAGAGGUGUUCCUGGAAUUCCAUGGCUAAUUAAUGCACAGAAGCUUUUUGAAUGGGCAAAUGAGGUCAGAAUUGACCCAAAUAAUCCAGAAUAUUCUGAUUUAAUGGAAUUUGUUAUGUACAUGAAACAUAAAGAACAGGAUAUUCCAAAGUAUUUUCGUCUCAGACAGUUGCAAGAUGAAUUUAACUUUGUUUCUGAAGAGGAAAUGAAAAAGAGUAAACGUUUCCAGCUAUUGCAACUUAGAAAUGCAGGUCAAUUAGAUGUUUUCCUUCUGCCGCAAAUGCCUCUCUAUGACAGAGAGAUUCCAGAUUUACUCUUCCAGGAAUAUGAAAGUCAGAUAGAGAAGGAUAUGUCCAUUUCAGAUAUGAAUUCUAUUACCGCACAAAGGAUUAAUUCUGCCAAUUUUCUGAAAAAGAUGAGAAGGUCAAUAAUGAAAAGAAUUGCCAAAGUUAGCAAAUUUAACUUAUCAGAUAUUGUGGCUGAUUAUGAAGAAAUUGUAUCUACAAGCCAGUUGACACGUGCAGUUUGUAAGCUUCUUGAACGACGAAGAAAGUUAAAGCCUCAGAGGCAAGAAAGGAAAAAAGUGGCAGCACAGACUAUCUGUGACGGAGAUAUUAAGAUUCUUGUCAGAAUAUUGAGGGCUUAUAAUAUUCCUACAAGGAAAGCAAUAGUUAAUAGAGCCUUGGAUAUUCCUACUUAUUUGAUAUCAUCCAUGUCUCGCCUCAGACAUAAAGAAACAAUCAAAUCCGUAACCUCAGAUGAGAUCUUAAAUGAGGAUACUGUGCACCCCUUUGUGGAAGUUUCCUUUCAGCACACUGUGUACCAAACCAGUGUUGCAAGUGGAUCUCAUCCAUGCUGGAAUGAAGAAAUUAAAGUAGAUUUUAUCUUACCAGGACAUGAUUAUAGCGUCUCAAGCUUAUCUAAAAUAAAAGAUAAUAUAUAUAUCAACAUUUUUGAUGAAAUGAUUAUUGAAAAACAUGAGGAUCACAGUUUCAAGAGCUGCAGUGGUCAUUCAUAUAUAAGAAAGAAUUGGCUUGGAUCCAUUGUCUUCCCUUUCUCUGCUCUCCUGCAACAAUCUGAGAUUAGUGGAACAUUUCAAGUAAAUAUUCCACCAGUUUUGCUUGGGUAUACUUGGAGUGAGACUUACGUGUCUCCUAAAGAAGAUUAUAAUGGACAGAAUUUAAAAGAAUGCACCUUCUUAAAUAUUUUUGCUACUAUUGAACCUCAAAUAUCAUAUGUCAUCUGUAAUCCAGAACUAAACAAGUUUUCAGGUCAAAUAGAUGUUUUGGAGAGAGCACAGAUUUUUAAAAAAAAUUGUAAGGCAUUAUUUCCUGAACGAAGAAUCACAACUACUGUUUUUAAUGAUGAAGGGAUACAGAUCUUAGUAACAAGAUAUAUCAAGGCAUUGAAUCCACCUCAACAACUCCUGGAUAUAUUUCUUCAUGAUUCUAAUGCAACACUUGACCUCGUUGCUCGCUUUGUAUCUUUGAUUCCUAUUAUGCCUGAUACACUGGAUGAAAAUGAUGGUUUUGAUAUAUGGAUGACAUCAGAGCGCUGCAUCAGUUUGGCUAUUGGAAAUAAGGAGGAGCAUGCCAUACUUCUCUGUAAUUUCUUCCUGUAUUUUGGAAAGAAAGCUUUGGUCCUCCUAGGAACCUCGAUGUUGGAAGGGCAUGUGGCUUAUGUAUUAACGCCAGAAACUGAUGAAUAUUUGCUUUGGAAUCCAUUAACUGGGCAAUGUCAUAAGCAGUUUGACCCAUUUUGUCCCUUACAAAGUGUAGAUUGUUUGUUUGAUGGUGAAAAUGUCUGGUUUAACAUUCAGCAAAAUAAUUCACCAGGGGCUGUAUAUUUUGACUAUUCAAAGGAAAGUUUCUGGAAACAGUUGCUUCCAAAAAAUUAUCAAGGGACGAAAGCACAAAGCAUACAGCCUGAAGAAAUAAUUUAUUCUGAUACUAAUAAAAGCAUGGUGGAAGAUCUAAAGAACAGGAUUGAAAGAACUCUGAAAUAUAAAAUAAUGGAAUGGCGACCUAAACAGCCAACACGUUGGAAUAGACAAUGUACUUUCAUUUUAAGACAAAUCCUUCCUAAGUUAGAGCUUGGCACCGGAAACGUUGUUUCAUCUGAAGAAGAGAGUGAAUUUGAAAGACUGCUACAAUUUUAUUGGGUCGCAGGAUUUCCUAUCCAGAUGCCAUACACUGAUGUACAGUCAGUUAUUGAUGCUGUGUAUCAAACUGGAAUUCAUUCCUCUGAAUUUCCUCAGACAGAAUUUGCUCUAGCUGUGUAUAUUCACCCCUACCCAAACAACAUAUUAUCUGUUUGGGUCUAUUUGGCUUCAUUAGCGCGGUAUCAGUGAAAAGGAAUAAGGGAAAAGGGAAAGAUUGUACAUAGCCCCCCUCCAACCAGAAGCCAAACUUUUCUAGUACUUGGGAUUUUCCUAUUUAUCCUCAAAUCCAGACAGGUGUGAGCCCAAUUUUUGGUUCACUUAUAGAGUUGGGCACAAGACUCACUCCCUGAGUCUUUGAGGACAAGCAUAAAUGACCUCCUCACCGGAGACCUCGUCAGGGAGGACACUUUGGGAAGUCUGGCGCCUUGGGUCGCUGUCUACGGUAGGUCUUAUUCUGGGAAAGAAGCAAUUCUGACUUCUCUCUGAAUCAGUGUUACUCAAAUUGGGGGCCCCACACCACCUCCAUCAAAAUCACCUGGAAAGCCUUAUUGAAAAUGCAGAAUCCCACAUCCCACCCAGGACCUACUAAAUGGGGAUCUCUGGGAGUACAGCUCCAGAACCUACAUUAUUUUAAACAAGCUCCCCAGGUAACUCUCUUGACCAGUUAAGAGUGACAACCUUACCUUAUAGAGUGUUGUCUUUACUGAAGUGAGGCUAGUACAUCUGAUGCUGGUUCUGAUGGAAUUCCAGGCAGAAGUUAUUCAAAUAGAAACCCAAGGUCAUUGCUUCUCGUGAGAUAAAAGAUUAUUUCACUGGUUAAGAAUAAGAGGGAAAUAUGCCGUGUUGGGUUGAGGGCCGCUUCUGGCGGCUUCUCAGAAAUUUUCUCUUUAGAUGCCACUGACCUGAAGUCAUUUCAUCUCCAAGUAUUUGGAAGGGACUCCCAGGAGACACUACCUAAAUGCUUUCCUGAUUCUGUGAGAAAGAGAGAAAAUGGUCUUACCAAAUCCCAGAGCUCCUUUUUUUCUUAAUGAGCAGCCCCCCAUUCUGCCUCUGGCACUUUUCUGCUGCUUUUCUUUCACAACGGUGCCCCCCAGGAGACCCAUCUAGGGCCUCAAGAAAGAGUGGAUAGGUAUCUAAGUAGGAAACACUGUACUUUCUUGUAUUUGAUUGUUCUGUGCUUCAUUGAGAAGAGUAGUCAUACAGUUUAUUUAAAUGUUACAUAACAACUUAUUUUUUUUAAUCAAAAGAUACAGAUUUCCAAAGGUUUUAUAUGAUGAGAGCAGUUUUAUAUGAGGUAAAAGUCAUAAAAAGAAAAUUCGCUUCUCCUGCUGUAGUGGCACUGGGGCUUCUUGAGUCACUCCCACAAGCAGAGAGCAGAGACCCCAAAUUCAUCCUCAGGGAACCCUCAGUCUGUAUCCCCUCCCCCAAUAUACCCGCAUAGGUUGAUGCCAGAGAAGACCUCAUUUAUUUGCAGGGUGUUAGUCUCGGACCAAACUCAAGAUUACUAGAAGAGUAGAAAGAGUGGGCAUGUGGGUAAGGAGAAUGCUUUCUCUGCAAGGUUAAAACCUAGUUAUAUAUGUCCUCUGACAUGCAUGAGAAAAAUGAUCAGAAUUUUUGUUUUUAUUUGAAUGUUUGUGUUUAAAUGCUAUAGGAAGUUUUGUUAUUAACAAGUCUCCCACACUGAUUGGGGUAGCACAGAAUUGUAUCUAUGAAAAGACAAGUUUGCCAAAGAAAUGCUGAAUUCAUGCAGUUCAUUUUUGUGACACACUGAAUGUUUACAUAGCUAUUUUGCUAAUCGUUUGUGGUUUUAGAAUUGAUAGUCCACUUGAGAGUAAGGUAGAAAGUGUUCAUAGGCACGUGUGUAUUGUAUUCUGUAUUAUAUGCAUUUUUAAAUAUGUGUAUGUGUUUCUCAACUAAAAAUUUUUCCUAAAAAUUGUGAUUGUCUAUAAUGAACCAAUGUUUUCAUUUUACUGUUUUAAAAAUACAUGAUAUUAAAUUUAACA